AUGAAAAGCACGCCUUUCGCCUUGCGCGGAUCUUUUACCGCCACUUCAAAGCGUUUCGCCGGUGGAGGCUACAAAUUCUUUGAGGAUAUGUACCCCAAACAUGAGCCCGGUCCUCGAUUUGCGUCUUACGAGGAUCAGAUGAAAAGUUUCGAGGUGAAAAGUCUGGAGCCUAAAAAACAGUUCACCGAGUCCGAGAAGCUCCAUCAUCUUUAUGACUGGAAAAAGACGAAAGGAGGGUUGGAGCUGCCGCAAGAGUUCGGUUGGAAUGAGGAAUGGGGCCCGGAGCCCGGGGAGGACGGGCAUAACACCUAUUACGAAAAAAAUAGAAUGUUCAUGUCCUACGAGGAAAAAUCCAAGUAUGAUCUACGUAUUGGCGUCCCUCUUGAGAAAAACGCGAUGCGGCAGCAAGAAUUACCUUACCAAAAACGCCUGAAAGGGGCUUAUCGCAAUCUCGAAGAGAGGGAUGGGGGGCAAUAUGUAAGCAUGCGAAAGCGAAAUUACUGGGCAAAAUACAGCUAUGAAGAUCAGCGCGAUACCAUUGCCAAGGCGAAGGAUGAUUUUUUCAAGGAAUGGCUCGACAAACCCGACGUUACGCCGCAGAAUGUUAGCAAAAAAAUUAGUGAUUACAACGGGACGAAUAAAAAUCAGAAUAUCAAGUCCGUACAGCGGCGCCCUGAAUGGGAGCUGGCUCCAGUUGUGGAGGACAACGAGUGA